UUCCCCGGCAGGCUCCUCCGCAGCCCCGGUAGCCUGCUUGUCUCCUGGCCUUUCGGGUCCGCAUCCCCACAGUAGGCGUUCUUAGCCCUUCUCUAGAGGGUCGGUGCACCAGCCUUGGGGAAGGAGUGCGGUGGACGUGCAGAUGCCAGCCCAGGAGAGGGAGGCAUCUCAUCGAGAGGGAUGGAAGUGCCAGAGGCUUCGAGAAGCCUACAAGAGACCGCCACUGCCCUGAAGCGCACGAUACAAGCCCUAAUGGAGAAAGGCGCAAUCGUGAGAAAUUUGGAAAACCUGGGUGAAAGGGCCCUUCCAUAUAAGAUCUCCAUACAUAAUCAACGCCAUCAGAGAGGAGGGUAUUUCUUGGUGGAUUUUUAUGCACCGACAACAGCUGUUGAGAGAAUAAUGAAUCAUUUGUCCCGAGACAUUGAUGUGAUCAGACCGAAUAUUGUGAAACACCCACUAACCCUUGCAGAGAAAGAGUGUGAAGGCAUCGUUCCUGUUCCUCUUGAAGAUAAAUUAUAUAACAAGAAGAAAUAAAUAGAAGAUGUGGCUGGUCACAGGCAAAUUUUUUUUUCUAAUUCCCUAACAAUGUGCACCAUUAUUAUCAGUUCACUAGUCUUGAUCUUUAAUUGUGUAGGAACUUCAUAAUUAACAAAUGGCACGUGUAACUUUAAUUUUCGAAGGUUAAUAUAUUAUUAUAAAGUUCAUAUAAUCUUGGCCUCUUCUCAGAGGGAUAGUACUUGCCUAAAGCAAGUUGCCCGUCAUCCUCACCUAUGUGAGGCCAAAAUGGCAUUAUUUUUUAGUCAUCUCUCUCUCUUUUUUAUUCGAAGAUAUUUUCAUUUUUCUCUUGGAAAAAAAAAGAGAGGGAGUGUUGACGCUGUAAUGUCAAAAUUGUAAUCAUUGUUUAAAACUGAAAUGUGACACACCAUCAGCAGGACAAAUGCACUGAAAUAGCUUUGGACUCUGGACCUUGUUUCUAGCCACUCGUAGUCAGAAUGCAUAACCAACCCUAAACCGAUGUGUGACGUUUAUGUGGAUUCCUUUCAAAAAGGGUAAUAAAGGCGAUCUUAAAACUUAAAA